CUUAACUUUCACCCAAUGAGGGGAAAGCAAAAUACAGCAAAGUUAACCAGAAGGAUUUUCAGGAAGGUUUUAGAGUGGGGUCUUUUCUCUUUUUUUGUUUUUAAAAUCCCUGCUUAUUCAGCCCUUUCCAGAACAGGAUGCCUUCAAAGAACUCAGUAAGAGCAAAUGCUGUGAUUCCUUCCUGUACAUUUUAAUGAAACCUUUGUUCGAAUGCUCCCCCCCCCCACAAAGGAAAACGUGGCUUUUGCUCUUAGCUGAUACCCUGAGGGUGUUUUGUUUGUUCAUUUGUUUGUCUUUUGGGGGGGAUAUGGGUGCUUCGUUGUCAGAAAGGCGGAGUCCGGCAGGAUGUGCUUAAAAGUUUGCCAAAAAGUCUCCUUCUCAAGCCGGUGGGGUGUUCGUUUUGCGAGACAUCCUUUUGAUGGGGAGAGAGAUUACCUUCUGCCCUCCUGAAGAGUGAGCAGUUGUGGAAAACGUUCCUUGGGGAGUGUUUGGAUGGCAAGGGAGCCCAGAGCCAGGAACAUCAUGUCUCUGUUAUAAAUGAUUAGCCCCUAUGACAAACAUGAGCUGGAGCUUCCUAACCCGCCUGCUAGAAGAAAUUCACAAUCACUCCACAUUUGUGGGGAAGAUCUGGCUCACUGUCCUGAUUAUCUUCCGUAUAGUCUUGACAGCAGUCGGAGGCGAGUCCAUCUACUCAGAUGAACAGAGCAAGUUCACCUGCAAUACCAAGCAGCCUGGCUGCGACAACGUCUGUUACGAUGCCUUUGCCCCACUCUCGCACGUCCGCUUCUGGGUCUUCCAGAUCAUCAUGAUCUCGACCCCUUCCGUCAUCUACUUGGGCUACGCCAUCCACAGGAUUGCAAGGUCCUCCGAGGAAGAAAAGAAGCGCUUCCGAGGCUUCAAGAAGAAAAAGCAGUUUGCACUCAACUGGCAAGCUGUCCACAACUUGGAGGACCCCUUGGGGGCAGAGGAGGAGGAGCCCAUGAUAGCCGACGAGAUAGCAGAGAAUGAAGAGAAAACCAAACUGAAGGAGGAAGAGAAAAAACUGCAGAAGCAUGACGGAAGGAAACAUAUCCAAGAGGAAGGCCUGAUGAAAAUUUAUGUGUUCCAACUCCUCACCAGAGCCUCUUUUGAAGUGUGCUUCUUGAUAGGGCAGUAUAUGCUCUAUGGCUUUGAAGUGAUGCCCUACUACCUUUGCACUCGGAAGCCUUGCCCCCAUGACGUUGACUGCUUUGUGUCGAGGCCAACAGAGAAGACCAUCUUCCUCUUGGUGAUGUAUGUCGUUAGCUGCCUUUGCCUGCUGCUAAACGUGGCCGAGAUGUGCCAUUUGGGAAUCGGCACCAUCAGGGACGCCAUCCGCGACAGGAAGAUCCAAAACUUCAGACAGCCGCCCUACAACUAUGCUGCCUACCCAAAGAAUAUCUCUUGUCCUCCAGAAUAUAACCUGGUGGUGAAAUCGGACAAGCAGGCCAAGGUUCCCAAUAGCCUGAUGGCACAUGAGCAAAACCUGGCCAAUGUGGCUCAAGAAGAGCAGUGCGCAAGCCCCGACGAGAACAUCCCACCAGACUUGUCCACACUCCAUAAACACUUGCGAGUGGCUCAGGAGCAGCUGGACAUUGCGUUCCAGAGCUACAACAGCACACAGGCGAACGCACAGCCGUCGAGGACCUGCAGCCCGGCUUCCAGUGGGACAGUGGCGGAGCAGAACCGAGCCAACACUGCCCAGGAGAAACAAGGGGCUAAGCCCAAAGCCAGUUCAGAGAAGGGUAGUUCUAACGGCAAGGAUGGGAAGAACUCUGUAUGGAUCUAAGAAGGUAUAGCCUGGUGAUGACUAGGGUGGGGCAUCCAGGAGAUAGGGGGUGUCUUGUCUGUUGAAAACAGAAUUUGUUCCAAGAGAGCUCUAGCAAUGGGGUUCUUUUAUAUAUAUAUAUAUAAAUCUAUAUAAAGGCCAAAUGACUUGCAAAAAUGCUGCCAAAUGGUUGCGAGACAUUUCAGGAAUGUCUUCUGGUUCAUUAACGAGAGGCCUCUCCCCACCCCCUUGCCCAUGCCUGUCCCCCUGAUGCACAAGUCGGUUAUCUAGAAAGCGUGAGACCAUUUGCACAUCUCGUUACUCCUGAAGGGAAGUCGCAAGUUUGUUGUCCUUGAAAUGUGCCCUAAUGCUUUCCAGAGUAGAUUCCUGGGCAUUGUCCCUUGCCAAACGAAAUGGGGGUGCUGUCCUCCGAAUGAAAGGUUUAUCCCCGUGCAGAACUCCCAGCCUGAUCUGCUCAGUAUGGCUCUCAGGUAUUGUUUCCCUUGCUGUGCUGGUUGCAUUCAGGAUGUCUUCCCUUUCUCUGCCUGACCGAUUCCUUUUCUUUCCUCCUUGCCCGUCCAUCACUUUUGCAUCCUGCCCUCUUGCCGAUUCACCCAUUUUUUUAAUUGCCAUCCCCCCCUUUUUUUUAAUGGCCCGAUUUUUUCCUCCUCUUCGUUUGUUCCCAGCAAUUCGCUGACUUUUUGUUUACAUAUGCAUGGGAAGUUACAUCAAUUCUGGUUGUUAUCUAUUCCACAGGCAGCCUCUCUCUCUCUCCCCCACCCUUCCAAUCCUCCUUCUAAGUUCGUUGUUAGGGGCUGCAGCUACAAAGGAGUGUGUGCCAUGUCACGCACCAUUCCUUGCUGUCCACGGAGAACCACUGUGUGAAUUCUGCAUCCAAGGCAAUGGGUAUUGAGGCUGUUGGCCCUCUGUAGGGGUAGUCUUAACUGUAUUAAGUGACUGUCAGUUCUUCCAGACGUUUCCUUUGUUCUUUCUCUGUGCAUUAAUUACCAAAAUAACUCUUUUAAUUUCUAACUGCUUUGGUGGAAGUCAACACACCAGCCUGCAGAAACUGCCAUGAUAUUUUGCAGUAACGGUCUGAAUGGCCGAUCAGGUUCACAAAAGGACCACCGCUGCACUCGCUAAAGGUGUACUAAUCUGUAUACCCGGCUGUGUCCUAACUCUAUAACGGCUUUCACAAAGCAGUAGCUAUAUCCUUCCACGACAAGGGUGCAAGCGCUUCCGGUGACAUCUGUGGGAUUUCUGCUGUUGACUUCAGUGGAGUCGCAACAACAGAGGUGCGCACUGAUGCUCUUUCAUUCCGUGGUGGUGAGCUAAGAAGUGAACAAGGAUCAAAGCACCUUGGCCUUUUUUUGUGGGGGGUAGUCUUGCUAAUAAUUGUAUUAUAAAAUGCAGCAUUCCUUCUACAUUUGUCACUGAUGGGUGUGUGGGUGAGAAGGGUUUUCUUUUUUUACCACUGCUACAGCACAUCCUAAACAAAAGUGCCUUUAGUAAAGCUGGGAGAAUGGAACAUUUGAACGCUGGUGACAUCUUUGUGCUGUCUUUGUGUAGAGCCUGUGACCCUCCAGACAUUCUUGGACUCCAACCAGUUAAGGAUGAUGGGAGUUGGAAUCCACCGUCUGGAGGGGGCCACAGGUACUCUGUCCCUGGUAUAGAGAGACAGGUGCUGAGAAGAUGGUGAUCACAUGCUUUUGUGGAAUAAAAUUUGCCAUAGGUUUCUUCCUGAUAUCACACCUAGGAGUGAUAAGUUUGGGAAGGCAGACCCUGAAGAGGAUAAACGGGUACUUCCGUUCAGAGGUUUUGGCUCCUGUUACUGUUUAACCACGGUCUAGCCCCCUCCCCCUCAUGAUGCCAAACCUGCUGGUCUGUCUAGACCAGUGGUUCUUAACCUGGGGUGCAUGCAUCCCUAGGGGUGCGAGACACUUUUCCUAGGGUUGCGAGGCGUUGUUCAAGAGAUUUUAAAAAUUCAUUUAAAUAGAAGCAGGAAAUUAACUAUACAACCAAAGAUUUUGGAAAACUGUAAUUUAUCUUAGCUAAGUUAGGCUAAAGCACACAUUAAAAUACAAUAAACAGUAUUUUUUCAUGAUAAGACAGUAUAUGCUCUAUGGCUUUGAAGUGACACCUUACUACUUUUGCGAGAGCAUAUUUUGGAAAUCCAAGGGGUGCUGGCAAUGGAAAAGGUUAAGAACCACUGAUCUAGACGAACAGUGAUCUGAACAUACGAGGAGCGCUGCUGGGUCAGAGCACCAUCCAUUCUGUUUCCAAGAAUGGCCACGCAGAUGCCUCUGGAUGCUAACAAGCAUAAAGUGAUGGCGGGCGGCCUCGGCUGCUCAUCUGCAGUAUUCCAUUAUUCAGAAAUAAUGCUGCCAUUUAGCUGGUAUUGCUUACCGCUGUCGACAAAGCCACCUCCUGCAUAAAUUCAUCCACUCUUUCUAAAAAGGCAUCUCAGGCCUUCACCACUUUUUAAGGCAUAAUAUCCCAUAAUGUAAUUAUGCAUUCAUUUAUAGAAUUCACUGCACCUCCACCCCACCCACCCCCCUUGAUGUGGCCAGCCUCAUCUUCCUGCAUCUGAUCAUAGAUAUUACAGACGACAAGUACUCUGAAUCAGUGCUGCCCUGAGCUCCUUCGGGAAGAAAGGGUGGCAUAGAAAUCAGUUAAUCAAAUAAAUAAUCAGCAUACCAGUUGCUCACCUCAAUGCUGUGGCAAAAGCUGGCAUCUAGGAGUACCCAUAAUUUGCAGAGAACUCAAAUCAUGAUGCUGUAUAUAAGCAAUAUUGAAGUCCCCCACCCUCAGUAAACACAAUAGAUCUCCAUGUAGUUGAAAUCAAAUCUCUAUUUCAGCUGUGGGGAACCUACAGCUCUCUAGUCCAGCCUUUCCCAAUCUUUGGCUCCCCAGAUGUUGGUGCACUGCAAUUGCCAUCAUUCCUGCCCGUUGGCUACAUUGGCUGGGGCUAAUGGAAGUUGUAGUCCAACAACCUCUGGGGACCCAAAGGUUAGGAAAGGCUGUUCUAGACUACAAAUCCCAGCAUCCCUGACCAUUGAUCAUGCUGGCUGUCAGGGCGAGUUGGGAGUCCAGCAACAGAUGGAGGACUGGAAACAAAGCCCUUUGAGGAGAGACUGAAAGAACUGGGCGUGUUUAGCCUGGAGAAGAGAAGACUGAGGGGAGAUAUGAUAGCACCCUUCAAGUACAUGAAAGGUUGUCACAUAGAGGAGGGCUGGGAUCUCUUCUCGAUCGUCCCAGAGUGCAAGACACGGAAUAAUGGGCUCAAGCUGCAGGAAGCCAGAUUUCGACUGAACAUCAGGAAAAACUUCCUAACUGUUAGAGCCAUACGACAAUGGAACCAAUGACCUAGAGAGGUAAUGAACUUUCUGACACUGGAGGCCUUCAAGAGGCAGCUGGACAGCCACCUGUCGGGAAUGCUUUGAUUUGGAUUCCUGCAUUGAGCAGGGGGUUGGACUUGAUGGCCUUAUAGGCCCCUUCCAACUCUACUAUUCUAUGAUUCUUACCCCUGCUCCAUUUGGUUCUCAGGAUCUAGAGAUGGGGUGAGGAACCUUUGGCCCUCCAGAUGUUGCUUCACUACAACUCCCAUCAGCCUGAGCAAGCAUGGCGAAUGGCCAGCGGUGAUCGGAGCUGUAGUUCUGCAACAUCUGGAGGUCCAAAGGUUCCUCACCCCAAUCUAAUACCUGAUUGUGCUGAAAACAUCAGAUACAGGGAGAUGGCAAGCUGCCUCAGGAGGUGGGGCCAGAAGGUAGUGUCGUUGCCACACUACAGGUAAAUCAAAAUUGUGGCCAAUAUUUAUGCUAAAUUAGGAUUAAUUUUGGGAGGGAGAGAGUCUCUCCACUAAAAUAAUGGGGGUAUUUGUAAAUGUGGUGUGGUUGUCAGCUCCAUCCACAUCAGAGGCUCUGUGUUUUGAAGUUGUGUGGCAGGUAGAAAUACUGCAGGGGUAGCUUCCCCCCACCAUGACAGGGCAAGCAAACAUUGUUGAAUUUCUGCUUGUUGUGCAGUUAUUAAAAGUAUGUGUCAGAAAACGAGGCAAACCUAGCUAACUCCCCAAAUUAGGCAGUUAGUUGGAGGUGAGAAAAAUAUAAAUAACUGAUAACGCAGUACAAUAAAAGUUAAUUGGUUUUCCAUCAGGCAAGGGCUCUUUAAUCUCAGGGAACAGAACAGUUCUCUAAAACAGGGCAAGAAUAUGCUCCAUUUCUGAUUUCAGGCAGGGCUAAAUUUGUGCUGGUAGAAUUCACCAGGGUUGAGCCCCACCAUCUAUUUACAGUGCAAGGACUUUGCUGAAAAGACAGAUUUUGUGUGUGUGUGUCAUGGUGACCCAUCUGUUGUCAGAAUGCAGCCUAGCUAUGAUCACAACUCAACAAACUCCUGACUCAACCUAUAUCUUGAAGGAAUGAUGGAGAAGACAUGAAAAGUAGGACAAAAUACAGUGGGGCAGGAGGGAUUUCACUUGCUUUUUAUGGGUUGGGAACAAAACUCUCCCUCCAUUGCUGGCCUGGAAGUCUUCCAUGUUUUGGUCUGUCUCUCCAAGACCCCCAAAGCAUAUAGCAUCACUCCUGACUGAGGGCUUUGAGGAGAGAAAAAAAGAUGGCGGCCAAGAGGGGGUCUCAAUCUGUGAGUCCCACCCUCCCACCUGUCUUCCAAAUUUCAUCCCCGUGCCUCUGAAAAUGGCAGGGAAGGGGUAGGCCUUGUUUCACUCCCCUAAAAUUCAAGCUGAAGGUUCAAGUCUUUGAGCUCUUGGAUCAGCAGCAAUGAAAACUGUGAUGCCCAAAAGGGAGGGGACCAUUUGGUGAUGGCUUCCCCAUACUGAAAUGGUUGUAUGGAUCUUCAACCGUCAGCCAUUUGUUUUUUUUUUUAAAAAAAUCAUUAUAAGCAGCCCUGGAAACUUGAACAAAAUACACCUGAGCAGGUAGAGAGCGCUUUCCCAUCCACCAUUGCUACUGAGGACCAGGGGUGUAGUGGUUCAGGGUCUCAGGGGGUCUUAGACCCUUUAUCUUUUGGGGAGCAGGGUCCCAAUGUCUCCAGCAUUCCACGGGCCAAUCAGCAUGAAAGAGUGUAUUAGCCACUGAGAAGAGUCUUCUAACAUGCUUCCUUGCCCUUUCCUGCUGAUUGGAAGCAACCAGAGUGAAAGGAGGUGAGUCAGCCACAGAGAAGACUCUUUUCAGUAGCAAACACUCUACCUUUUCAUGCUGAUUGGCUUCUAGGGUAUCCGUUGGUGUAGGAGAAGGCAUUAAUAAAGAUUUCAUUCUCAACCCCACAGCAAAAAAAGGGGUGGUGGCGGCUGUGAGUAUCAUGAAGGGACCGUGCGCUUCUGAAUUUGCCACUGUUACUGCUGAGGACACUCUUUCUCAGCCAGGGGUAAGGAAGAAAGGUUUCCAAAACUCAGCGUUUUGGGGAGGGGAACCUGUGGCUCUUCACGUGCUGUGGGGCUACAACUCCCAUCAUCCCUGUCCAUUGGCUGUGCUGCUUAGAUCUAAUGGGAGUUGGUGUCCAACACCAUCUGGAGGCCUGCCGUAGAUUUAAAUCAUACUGUGUCUAUUAUCUAGGCACAAAUUCUUGGCACAACUAUUGGCUGUCGUCAUAAAAUAUCAUUCCAAUUUGUAUGACCAUUUUGAUAUGGUAAACCAAUAUGCUGAAGCCAUGAUUUUAUUUCUGUCCUGGUAAAUAAUAUUGUGGUGAGUGCCACGAUAUUGCUAGCGACACAGUUCACCCUGUUUCUGCUUUAACCCAUGUUUUGAAAGAAUCUUUAAGGGGGGGGGGAAGCCUUGUGGCAAUGAUUUCAUCAUCUCAAAACAGUAGUGCAAACCUACUACUUUCCUUUUCAGACUUCAUCACAACAACCCUCCGGAGUAGAGAGCGACAAAAAGCCUUCCUGAUGUUCCCUCAAGACGUUCCUAUCAGUUUCCUCCAAGCCAGUGACCAUUGCCUAAUGGCCCAUUCCCAAAGUGAAGGGAGGAGAGGGAAUCAGAAAUCACAGGAAAAUUCUGGCUGAUAGCAAUACAUGUCCUGUGGAUUUAGAUAAGGACGGUGGAGCAAGUCUCUCCUCUGACUCUUGGCCCAGUCAAGAUAAACACACAAGACAUUAGUCACCCCCUUCUAUACUCCAGUGCAACUGUACUGAACCUAGGGGUAUGAAGGAAAAUAGCAACUGUUAAUAAAUAGGUAGUGGUGUUGCCAGAUUUGUCCAUGUUCCAUUUCACUUUACAGCUGCACUGGAAUGUAGAAAUAAUGAAUUUUCAUUCAGAAGCCUUUCAAGUGACCUAUCAUGUGGUAUCCAUUGCAUUAAAUGGAGAACAAGCAACAUGGAAUAAUGAUCUGCAAUACAAAAAGUUUUAAAGAAUCCAUGGUUUUAACUGCAAGUCAGUACUUCCUCACAAGGCAUCUUGGGAAUUGUCUUGUGAAGGAGACAGAGAUCUGCCACAAAAAAAUUGCAUCACGUUCACCGCAGUUCCCAACUUUCAUGUGGGAAGUUGUUAACAGUUAAUACGAUUUUUAAAAGGUUUCAAGUUUAUAAAGCAAAACAGAACAAAAGCCAAAUUAUGCUGUCACUCACAUUCCAUUCCACUGGAAAAUACUUGAAAUUAACUAAAAGGCCGUAACAAAUCUAUGCUGUUAUGAUUUUUGCCUGGUUGUUUUUUUUGGUAUUAACUUGCAAGUUGUAUGAGAAACAUUUGAGUGUAAAACUGACUCUUGUCUCUGUAAAAUUUUUUCCAGUGUAAAUUGUUACUGUUGGAUUGUAGAAGACUUAAAAAAAAAAAAAAAGCACAAAACUGUUGGAUGUUCAGUGUCCAAUACUAAUAAAAUGGAAUUCAUCUUU